AUGUCCACGGAACGGAAAAUCAAAGGGUUGAGAAACAAGAUCAAGAGUCUCCUGGCCUCGUUCAACCUCAUAAAGACGUUUGUGGAGGAGUACGAUGAGGAACGAGACACUUUCGAAGUUCCAGUGCGCCUCGAAAAUCUCAACAGACUCUGGACGGACAUCCAGAAGACUCAGUCUGAGCUCGAAUCUAUCGACGAGGCCUCCGUCGAUGAGCAAAUCAAGGAACGGACUGAAUUUGAAACCGCAUACUAUCGUGUAAAGGGUGGACUGCUAGCUGUUAAUAAAUCGCCUGUCGCCCACACCGUCCAAUCGCCUUCUCCUUCAAGCUCGCAAAUCCAUGUUCCAUCGUCGCAUGUGCGAUUGCCCGAUGUGAAGCUCCCGGUGUUUAGUGGAAACAUCGACACGUGGCUCAAUUUCCACGACCUUUUCGUCUCGCUGGUCCACUCUUCGGUCGAGUUGUCUAAUAUUCAGAAAUUUUAUUAUCUCCGAUCGUCCCUCGCUGGUGAAGCCCUGAAAUUGAUUCAAUCAAUUACCAUCAGUGCGAAUAAUUACCUUGUGGCGUGGAAUUUGCUAGUGGAGCAUUAUCAAAACCCUUUACGCUUGAAGCAGACUUAUUUGGACGCCCUUUUUGAAUUCGCUUCGCUGAAGCGCGAGUCUGCAACUGAUUUGCAUUCGCUGGUCGAGAACUUCGAGGCAAACGUGAAGGUACUAAAGCAACUCGGAGAGAAAACCGAACACUGGGACCUAAUCCUCAUUCGCAUGCUGAGCGUCCGCCUUGACCCCACAACACGGAGAGAUUGGGAAGAGUUUUCGUCCACGCAGCAGGCUGUGACGUUUAGGGACCUCACGUCGUUCAUCCAGCGAAGAGUAACUGUCCUCCAAACCAUUCGAGGAAAGGCUGUCGACACUCCAGCGCCCCUUCAGCAGUUCAAGAAAUCUGUUCAACGUCCGAUUGCAAGUCAUGGAGCGAGUCAAAUCCAACCUGCCAGGAAAUGCGUCAUCUGUUCUGAUCAUCAUCCACUCUACAUGUGCCAGCCGUUCUCUAAACUCGACGUCGAAGCAAAGGAAAAGGAAGUUCGUCGCCACCAGCUCUGUCGCAACUGUCUACGGAAAGGACAUCAAGCUCGAGACUGCCCUUCUUCAAGUUCCUGCCGAAAAUGUCGAGGUCGUCAUCACUCUCUGCUCUGCCCCGGGGAGAAUUUCGUCACUGUGAACUCCAGGACACCAGAAUCCUCCCAGUCACCAUCAGCAAGUCACUCUGCCCCUCGUGAACCUCCGAGAACAUCCGCUUCAGCCACUGUCCACGGGCCUUCAAGUCAUGCCAGUGCUGGACCAACUCGUAGAAGCGUACUACUAGCCACCGCAGUCGUGAAACUCGUCGACGAGAAUGGAAUCGAGCACGCAGCAAGGGCUCUACUCGAUUCGGGUAGUGAAUGUUGUUUUAUUACCGAGCCGUUCUCCCAAUUGAUCAAAGCGCAGCGAACAAAAAUCUCCAUUCCGAUCUCAGGGAUCGGGCAGUCGUCAACCUAUGCAAGGUACAAAAUCACCGCCACUGUUCGCUCAAGGGUGUGUGACUUCUCUACUCCGGCUGAGUUCUUGGUACUUCCAAAGGUCACAAUUGAUCUUCCGUCUGCCUCUUUCGAUGCUUCCUCAUGGGACAUACCCCCCGGCGUACAGCUUGCGGAUCCAGGCUUCUACGAAGCAAACCCGGUUGACAUUAUCAUCGGUGCGGAAGUAUUCUUUGAACUCUUCAACGUCCCAGGUCGGAUUCAGCUCGGCGAAGCUCUUCCAACGUUGAUCAACUCUGUCCUCGGCUGGAUAGUUUCCGGCAAGAAUUCUAACGGUACUCCGAAGUCUCCAGUGAUCGCCAACGUCGCAACUAUUUCCGAGCUGCAUGACCUCAUAGAGAAAUUUUGGGCGAUUGAAGAAGACAACUCCACUCCCAACUAUUCCGUCGAAGAAGCUGCCUGCGAGGAUCAUUUUCGUCACACUGUAAGACGGAACUCAGAGGGAAGGUACAUCGUUCGCUUACCUAUAAAGGAUGACGUCAUCAAACAGCUAGGUGACAACCGUCGCACAGCUGUCCGUCGCUUUCGUAUGCUAGAAAGUCGUCUUUGUCGCACUCCGGAACUUUCUCAGCAAUAUUCCGCCUUCAUGGAUGAAUACCUUGCAUUGGGGCACAUGAAGCAAGUAUACGAUCAUCAAUCUCCUCCGAUGCUGUGCUACCACAUGCCCCACCACGCUGUCGUCCGAGAAGACAGCACCACUACAAAAGUUCGAGUUGUGUUCGAUGCAUCGUGCAAAUCUCCAGAAGGACCUUCGCUCAACGACGCGCUCAUGGUUGGUCCAACAGUACAGCAAGACAUACGUUCCAUCAUUUUGCGCUCCAGAAUCCGCCGAGUUAUGCUGAUCGCAGACGCAAAGCAAAUGUAUCGCCAAGUACUCGUUGACGAACGUGACACUCCGCUUCAACGAAUCGUCCGGCGAAAAUCUCCGGAUCUUCCACUAGAUACGUUUGAACUACUAACGGUUACCUACGGUACCGCAAGUGCACCUUUUCUUGCCACUCGAGUGCUACUCCAGCUGGCGAACGACGAACACGACAACUUCCCGGAGGCAGCAGAGGUUCUACGAAAGGAUGUCUAUGUAGAUGACCUUCUUUCGGGAGCAAACAGCAUCGAACAAGCUACGAGACUUCGACGGCAACUGGAUGAUCUUCUCUCCAAAGGCGGCAUAAAAUCUCUUGGGUUGCAUUGGGAGCCGGCUUCGGAUCUGCUAAAAUACAAAAUCGAAUUUCCACCGGAAUCGUCUGCGGCUCCUCUGACCAAGCGGAUCGCCCUGUCACAAAUAGCGCGUCUCUUCGACCCCCUGGGACUGCUGGUUCCUGUUGUGAUAUCCGCUAAAAUCUUCAUGCAGGCGCUCUGGACUCUGAAGGAUGAAAAUGGCAAAACCUGGAGCUGGGACGAAGAACUUCCAACACCGAUGAAGGAGCGUUGGAGCAACUAUAUGGCAGAGCUACCACUUCUCAACAGUUUGCGUAUUGAUCGUUAUCUAUUGACUGCGAAACCUGCGUUCGUUCAGUACCAUUUCUUUUCGGAUGCCUCACAACACGCGUACGGCGCAUGCUGUUACAUUCGAACGGCAGAUUCCUCUGGAGACUUCAAGGUGGCCCUUCUGACUGCAAGGUCUAAAGUGGCUCCCCUCAAACAACAAAGCAUCCCUCGGCUAGAACUUUGUGGUGCACUUCUCUCAGCUGAACUCUAUCAGAAGGUCUCGCAAUCUCUCGAACUUCAAGGGCCGACGUUCUUCUGGGUAGACUCAACAACGGUACUGAACUGGCUGAAUGCUACACCAUCUACCUGGACCACAUUUGUUGCAAACCGUGUGUCCAAAAUACAACAAUCAACACAGAACUGCUCCUGGAAACACGUUGCCGGUCAUGACAAUCCAGCGGACCUACUUUCCCGCGGAAUCUCUGCGGAAAACAUCCUCGAAAAUCAACUUUGGUGGCAAGGACCUGAAUGGCUACAACUACCGCAAACGUCAUGGCCAACUGGAAAUAUCGACAUCACUUCUAGCACUGAAAUAUUAUUAGAAGCAGAGAAACGAAAAACAGCAGUAUGUACAGCAUCGUCGGACCCAGCUUUCAUCGACCUUUUCACGGAAAGAUUCUCUGACUACGACCGAAUGCUCAGAGUAACUGCCUACUGUCGUCGGUUCAUCGAAAAUUGUCGGCGGAACCCAACCAAUUCACCAUCAACGUACAUAACAACGAAGGAAAAGAACGCAGCUGAAGCAACUCUAAUUCGCCUGGUGCAGCAACAAGAAUUCGCAGAAGAAUGGAAACAACUCCAAAAAUCCCAGCAUGUUACACCAAAGUCUCGCUUACGUUGGUUUCACCCAUUCAUCUCCGAUGAUCAGCUGAUUCGCAUUGGGGGCCGGCUCAAUCAAGCACCGCAACCGUAUGACAGCAAACAUCAGAUCAUCCUCCCCGCUUCUCAUUCGCUAUCCAAACUCCUGGUACGAUCACAACACAAGAAGCAUCUUCACGCGGCUCCCCAGCUACUGGUAUCCAUUUUGCGCUUACGGUACUGGAUCACAGGGGCCAGGAACUUGGCCAGAACAACUGUUCGUAACUGCAUCGAAUGUGUGAAAGCUCGGCCACAACUUCUAGAGCAAUUCAUGGCUGAACUCCCCGCUUCGCGAGUCACGGCUGCGCGCCCUUUCUCCGUAACCGGUGUGGAUUAUUGGGGACCGAUUUCUCUACAGCGCAUUCACCGACGAGCAGCACCACGCAAGGCAUACGUGGCCGUUUUCGUUUGCUUCGUUACCCGCGCCGUACAUCUCGAAUUGGUCAUCGACUUGAGUACCGUCAAGUUUCUUCAAGCCCUACGUCGCUUUGUUUCUCGCCGAGGUUUAUGCAGCGAUAUCUAUAGCGACAACGGUCGCAACUUCAUCGGAGCAGCCAACGAACUGCGAAAACUGGUUCGCAGUAAGGAACAUCAGCAAGCUGUUGCAGAAGAAUGCGCCAGCCACAGGAUCCGCUGGCAUUUCAAUCCCCCGAAGGCAUCACAUUUCGGUGGGCUUUGGGAAGCCGCGAUUCAUUCCGCCCAAAAGCAUUUCGUUAGGGUACUGGGCACCCACACCCUAGCGGAAGACGAUAUGGAGACAUUGCUGGCACAAAUCGAGUGCUGCCUCAAUUCCCGUCCUCUAAUUGCACUCAGCGACGAUCCGACCGAUUUUGAAACACUGACACCUGGGCACUUUCUGGUUGGUUCUGCAUUGAAGGCAAUUCCGGAUACCGACUUCGCAACUCUCCCAUCAAAUAGACUGCGGCAGUGGGAACAAGUUCAAAAAAUGCUGCAACUGAUCUGGAAACGAUGGCACUCCGAGUAUUUGUCGUCACUCCAGCCUCGCACUAAAUGGUGCAAUCCACCAAUUGCCAUCAAAUUGAACCAAUUAGUCCUCAUCAAGGACGAAAACACUCCUCCUAUGGCUUGGCCGACGGCCAGAGUCGUCGAAAUCCAUCCUGGAACCGAUGGCAUCGUACGGGUAGUAUCCGUGCAAACUCCUACUGGUCGCUUCAUUCGUCCGGUUUCCAAAAUUUGUCUGCUGCCAAUUCCACCCACGCAAGAAACAUUCGGCAACCAAGCAGCAGCAGCAAACGAAUCGCCAUCAGCAACCACAUCGAUGAAAAAAUCGUCGUCGUCGUGA